AUGUCUGAUCCUGACCGUCCCGCUGAUGGCGAGACUCCCUCUCCUGUCCCCCCCGUCGACGCGACCCCCGCCGCUGCGGCUGCCAGUGCCCCUGCUGGCGGUGAUGACACAGCCAUCGCCGAGGACAAUACCCCCCGCCCUCGGCACAUCUGCAGCGGCCUGCGUGUGCCAGCCUCGCGCAAGCCUCUGGCCACGCUGCCAAAACGCCUGACCGAUCUGACUGCCGAGGAGAAGCGCCUCACGACCACGGUGCAUGCUCUGCUACGCAAGGCUCGGCCUCGGACCCCGGUGCCGGAUUUGACCCCGCAGCUGUGGCUCCGUCGGCAGGCCGGCAGCCUGGUGGAGAUUGGCGGCAUUGCCGACUCGCCGUUGGCCCGCUGGUUCCUCGGUCUGGUGAAGAACAGCUGGCCCACCGAGGAGGAGCUCCUACUUGCCGGGGGUGACGCCAUCGAGAAGGAUCUUGCUCGGGGAUUGGACUUCUUCGCACGUCGGGCGCCGGCUCUGUUUGAUCUGCUCGGGACCAGCAUCGCGGUGUGCGAGGCUUUCAGCCUGGCGGUGACGGCCGAGGAUGAGGCUGAGGCCAAGGCUGACGCUGGGACUGGCACCAAGGCUGCGACUGAAGUCGACACCGGGACUGGGACCGGAGCCAACGCCGAGGCUGGCACCCGGGCCGCGACCGAGGACAAGGUUGAAUCCAAUACCGAUGCCGGUGCCGAUGCCGAUGCCGGUGCCGAUGCCGAUGCCGGUGCCGGUGCCGGUGCCGACUCCAACACCAACUCCAAGGCUGAUGCCGGUGGCGACUCCAAGGCUGAUGCCAGCCCCGAGGCCGAUGGCGACGCUGCCUGGGCUCACGCCGAACGCCAAUACGCGCAGGCCGAGCACCGUCUGGCCCUGGGCCUGCGUCUCCUGCUGGGCGCCGAGCUGGCCGAGGUCCUUCUCUGGCGUGUGGGUGCCUUCUCCUUCUAUGUGGCCAACAUCAUCGAGGGUGCCUUGAAGGAGCAGGGCGGCCUGAUGGAGCAGGCGCCCAGCUGGCUGGCCGGGCGUGUGGCCCAGGGGACCAAGUACCUGCGCGCCCUGCACCGGGUCCACGAUUACGACGCGCGCACGUGCAUCCCCCUGCCGUACGGUGUCCGGCCGCUGACCGGGGCCGAACAUCGCAGCCCUGCCCUGGAUCUCGGCCCGUUGCAGUACAUCCGCAACUCCAACUACACCUUGUCUUUGGUGUUCCUGGCCGAGAUGGAACUCCUUCGCGAGGUGCUGGCGACGCCCUCCGAGCUGAACACCGACGCCACGGCCGAGGCGCUGCGCGCCUCCUUCCGCAUGGCUGGCAUGUAUAUCGCGGUGACCGAGCUUUCUGGCGGCCGCCAGGCCGGUUGGGAGCUGGAGCCUGCGCAGAAGCUCCGGGAACAGGUUGCCAAAAAGCUGGCCCUCUAGACCGGGCCAAUAUACAUGGAGCCGACGGGGGGGGAGGGGCGGGAGGGCCACGGAAGUGUGCCAUCCUGUGCGGCCAAUCCACCUCUCCAAGAAUAUG